CAAAGUUUGCUCGCUGAGCUCGGCUCGUCGCACUUGCUGCAACACGUCUUGUCAACCUCGCACUUUAUGCGUGAACCAGUGAUAGUGAAAGGGGUCGGCGUAGCUGGAUGUAAAGGGAACAGGAUCGAAAUUUAAAAUUGUGCAGAUCCGUGGAUUUAAGGCAAUCCAAUAAAAGUGGACGUUGAAGUGAAAUUGAUGUUGCAAUCGGGAACUCUUCCCUCAACAUGAGGGGCCGUCAAUGAUACGGGUAUUGAACAAACCUGUUGCGAAGUUCAAUGUCCUUGUUCUAAGUCUUGGGUGUGAGCACUCAGCGCAAUUACGCACGGCAUCAUUAUGGUUUUAUUUUUGGAUAGACGAGUCCCUGCUUUGUUCCUACUUUGGGGCUACUGCGUUUUUGCGGACACGGUCUUUUCGAACUUUACCCUGGACAACGAGGUCCACUCCAGUUUCAUCCACCGGCGGCUGAAGAGCCAGGAGCGCCGGGAGAUGCAGCGGGAAAUCCUCUCGAUCCUCGGGCUGCCGCACCGGCCACGGCCGCAUCUCCACGGGAAGCACAACGCGGCACCGAUGUUCAUGCUGGACCUGUACAAUGCCAUGUCCACGGAGGGGAAAGAGGAUGGGUACUCCUACCCAUACAAACCCAUCUUCACCACCCAGGGGCCGCCGAUAGCCACUCUUCAGGACAACAACUUCCUAAACGACGCAGACAUGGUUAUGAGCUUUGUCAAUUUAGUGGAACACGAUACGGAGUUCCUACCCGUCUGGCGGCACCACCGAGAGUUCCGUUUCGACCUAUCACGUAUUCCCGAGGGGGAGGCGGUCACCACUGCAGAGUUUCGCAUCUAUAAGGACUUCAUCCACGAACGCUUUGACAAUGAAACCUUCCGCAUCAGUGUCUACCAGGUGCUGGAGGAACACAUUGACAGGGAGUCAGACCUGUUUCUGUUGGACUCGAGGGUCAUCUGGGCGGCUGAGGACGGCUGGCUGGUGUUUGACUUGACAGUGACCAGUAACCAAUGGGUCUUGAACCCUGGACACAACCUGGGCCUGCAGCUGGCUCUGGAGAGCACUGACGGUGUGAGUGUGAACCCGCGGUUGGCAGGGCUGAUCGGCCGCAGUGGUCCUCAGAAUAAACAGCCCUUCAUGGUGGCCUUCUUCAAAGCCACCGAGGUGCACCUGCGCAGCAUCCGCUCAGCAACAGGGGGCACCAAACAACGCAACCCCAACCGCUCCAAAGGGGCCAACAAGGGCCAGGAGGCACUGCGUGUGGCCAACAUUGCAGAGAACAGCAGUGCUGAUCAGAAGCAGGCAUGUAAGAAACACGAGCUCUACGUCAGCUUCAGAGAUCUGGGGUGGCAGGACUGGAUCAUAGCUCCAGAGGGCUAUGCAGCGUACUACUGUGAGGGAGAGUGUGCCUUCCCUCUCAACUCCUAUAUGAAUGCCACAAACCAUGCCAUCGUGCAAACACUAGUCCACCUAAUAAACCCAGACACCAUUCCUAAGCCCUGCUGUGCCCCAACCCAGCUCCAUGCCAUCUCGGUGCUCUACUUUGACGACAGCUCCAAUGUCAUCCUCAAGAAGUACCGCAAUAUGGUGGUCAGAGCCUGUGGCUGCCAUUAGACUACAGCCAACCUCUCAACACACACACACACACACACACACACACACACACACACACACACACUCACGCACACAUCUACGCAGGUCACUUUCAUCGAGACUCUAGACUUUCUUCCCCAGAUUCACCUGAAUGGACACAUGAAUGGACUACAUUUCCCAGAGUGCCUUGCUGAGCUCCUGGACGGGAGCUACAUGAGGACCGGGCAGACGAUCAUGCUUAUUGAGUUCAACCUGGAACACACACACACACACACACACACACACACACACACACACACACACACACACACAUACUUCCUGUGCUUUCUACUGUGUAUGAGACAUUUUAAGCAGUGAUUGUAUAGUAAUACACAGUCAACAAUCUUUUGUUCAUUUAAAUGUUUUUUAUUGUAUUUCACUCUGUUUUUCUAGAUAUUUUUGAUUGAUUACGUAUUUGUAUGUUUUUUAUGACUGAAAGGCUAUAGGAAGUGUGGAUGCUCUAUGGACUCUUCAUGGACAAUACUGUGUAAAUAGUUUUUUAAACACAGAGAAGUGUAUUUAUUUCCUGGUCUUGGGCAUGUUAAGGGUUUUUCUCCUGUGUCUACCUGCGCAUGUACUGUAUUUUAUGCAGCUCUUUACCUUGGGUCCCACUCAUCACACAGUACAGCACAAAGACCCCUCUCUCUCUCUCUCUCUCUCUCUCUCUGUCUCUCUCUCUCCCUUUCUCUCUCUCCCCACCCUCUCUCUCUCUCUCUCUCUCUCUGUCUCUCUCUCUCUCUCUCUCUUCCGCUG